AUGAAUGCAUCCGAAGGAACAACGGAAAAAAGGGCGGAACGAUUGGCCCAUGCCCGGAAAAAAUUGCGGGAUUAUCAGUCUAAACAUCGCAACGAAAAUGUUGAACUUACUUUAUCUCCUUCUCCAAGUGUUUCGAGUAUGAUCGAAAAUAGUGGACGACGAUCUGCCCUUAGCUUACGAUCACAGGAUUCUCCAUCGACAGUGGUACAAAGUGCCGUGAAUCAUAUUUCGGAUACCAACAGCAGUGCUCAGAACAGUGAUUUUAAGGAUAAAUUUCAACAAGAUGGUACGUCAGAAUUAUAUUCGAACAUACCAGAGGAUCUGCUCGACUUAAAGCAGGAAUGCGUUCGGUUGAGAGAAGAGUUAGCUUUGCGUACAGCUGAAAAAGGGCAAUUUUCUUCGCAGUUUGCAGAAUUGGCUGGGCAUUAUUCACAAAUUCAUGCUGCUUAUACAAAACUCAGUGAAUGUAUUAAAAAUGGCGACCCAGGUGGAUCCACUUUACAAACGCAGCUCGUUCAUUUGCAAACAGCAAUGAGUGUCGUUGUCAAGGAAAAAACAACUCUACACCAGCAAUUAAGACAAAGAAAUGAACUAGUCAUGGAUCGAAAUAAACAAAUUUGCAGUCUUACAACCGAAAUGAAUGAGAAAACUUCGUAUAUUACAUCGUUGAAAAAUGAAAUCGUAUCAUUACGUAAAAAAAUCGAUUCGCUGAGUAAUACUCUGCAAAGACAAGUGGAGGAGGCAGAAAAUAGUCGACAAGAAGCAAUAAACUGGCAAACUAAAAUGCUUCAUAUGCAGCAAGAUAGAGAUGAUGCUAAAGAACGAUUAAAAAUAUGCAUGAGAAAAGCGGAGGCUGCUCAGGCAGAACUUGAUGAAGCUCACAAACAAUUACGGAUGAAGAAUAUUUAUCUUCGUCAAUUAGGGGCAUAUGGCGGUGAGGAUAUUCACAUGGAAGGUGAUGUUAAGAAUCUUGGUGAUGAAAUUGAACAGAUGAAAACUGAAUUAGUUAAAGCGACAAAUGAGACAGAAAAAUGGAAGAGAGAAGCACAAUUAGCAAGGGAGCGUUAUGAAUUAUAUGGAACGCAAAUGAAUCAGAAUAUCGUACAAAUGAGUAUUAAACUGGAAGAAAUGUCAAAUGUGAAGUUAAUACUGGAAUCAAAAGUUCAUACCUUAGAAAAUCAAAUAGAAAUGAUGCAGGCAGUCGACAGACCAGAUUUAGCAGAUGAUAAUAGUAGAUCUUCUAUAAAUUCGAUCGAACUGCAGAGAAUGCAAAAUAAAUUGACUGAAGCCAUGAACAACCAUCAAAGAGCGGAACAACUAGUUGAGGAAUUGAAUGCAAAACUUAUGAAUAAGGAACUGGAAGUUCAUUCACUUUCUUCCGCUCUUGAUGAUGAGAAAUCAAAAUUGAUAAAAAAGACUGCUGAGUUGGCUAUGGUUGAAGAGUCGCUUUCGAGAGUUCGUUCUAUUGCUGAGGAUCAGCAAAAACAUACAGAGGGAGCACUUUCACUGUCGGAACAACUUCAGAAUGAGAAAGCUACGGUUUCAAGGGCUAUUGCACAAAAUCGAGAAUUGAAGGAACAAUUGAUUGAAUUGCAGGAUAAACUAGUAAUGGUUACGCAGGAAAGCAUGGAAAGAGAAAGUGGAAGAUUGAGUGCACUACAUCUAGUCGAUCAACUGAGAAAUGAAUUGAAUCUGCUUUCCGGUCAUUCAUUUGAUGGUAAAAAUAUUGAAUCUUCAACAGCCUCAAUAAUGCCGAAUGGCGAUGCAUAUGAGCAUCAGCAGCAUAUUCAUUAUGUUGAUUCACGAGACCGUGAUGAGACUAUUUCAACACCAUCGGUUUCUGAGUGCUACGACAGAGACAUGUCAUUUUCACAUGCAGAAGAUACUCAUGCGCAUACUGAAGUAGAAUUAGCCAAUGUUAGAAUGGUUUUGGAUGAAUUAAGGCUUGAUCAUAGACGAGUAAUGCAGGAGAACGAAGAAUUAAGAAGGAUAAUGGAGCAAAAUUCUGAAGACGAAAAUCAAAACAAUAUACAUGUCGAACUGGGACAAGCAGUUGAAAGGAUUAAUGCAUUAUCUGUUGAGAAUGAACAAUUACGAAAUGAUGUCAGUAUGCUACAACAGAAAAUAAACAGUGCAUCACUGUCAACACCUUCAUCACGUCCAUCAUCUCAGUGCGAUACGACGUCUCCUGUCUGGCUAAAUAGUGAUAUUGUGAAGCACCUGGAAGCACCUUCAAUAAAAGAAAAACCACUGGCUUGGACAGAACUGGAGGCUCGUUUCACUCGCGCGAUGCUACAAGUUGCAGAUCUUGCCGAGGAAAAGGAACGUCUCCAACAUAUUGUAAUGCAGUUGGAGACUGAAAAUGAUACCAUCGGUGAUUAUGUAACAUUAUAUCAACAUCAACGGAAAAAAAUCAAUGAAAGGAUGCGCGAAAGAGAGGAAGCUGUAGCAAAAUUAUCUUUCGAAAAAGAGCAGACGCAGCAAAAGUUAAACGAACUGCAAAAAGUUUUGAUGAAUUUACUAUCAAGGAAAAGAUUGUUGCAUAUUAAUGGAUAUGAGAAAAAAACAUUAGGCAAUUGUAAUGGUUCAUCGAAAUGUUCGCGCAGUGUGCGACCGUACAGUCAAAGUACUAAGGACAAAUUUUCUGAUAAUGAAGAAACAGUUGUUGAUGGUUCAGAAUUGCUAGUUCCUAGCAGUCCGUAUUCCUGCAUUGAUGUUUCAUGCGAGUUUGAUAGUGGAAAGUAUGAUGGUGACACUCUUAGAAAUAAAGUGAAAGAAAAUUUGGAAUCCAAUGUUGAUGAUGAUGUUGGUGUGCAGAGGAUUUUAAAUUUGAUAUCAGAGCUGCAGGAUCUGGAACGUACAAGAACACUUGCACCUUGCAGUUCUAAUUUACACUGUAGCGAAUGCCGCGGAAAAUUAAUCAAUUUGUGA